AAUGAACAUUUCAAAUUCCUAUUUUCUAUUCAUCUCCCACAAUUAGAAAAUUAUAUAUUUCUCUUAAAUGGCAGAUAUCACGUGUGUUAAAGUGAUGUAAACGCAACACUGACAUAAUUUGCUGAAAUUUAUACUGGAUUUAUCUAACAAGUGUGUUAUGGAAAUAUGAAAUUUAAUAACAAUUCAAAAAGACAACCAUACCGUAAUAUACCAUAUUCACAUACGAAUUGAACGACUUAUCUUACCACAUUUGUAAAUUCUAUCAGAUUAUAAUGAAUAUUACUGAACAUACUGAAGAUGUAUUAAAUCCUUUUAUUUUAAAUUUAUUUAUAAUCAAUAAAAGUUCAACAUGUACUCAAAUGGAAUCAUUACCGGUUUCCGGUUUGUUCAGUUUUUAUCGUGCUAUAGGUUUAUUAUUAGGUCCAUUAAAUACUAUAUUAAAUGGUUUAUGCGUUCAUAUAUUUAAUCAUCAUUUAUGGAAAAAAUCAAUAAUGAGUAGAAUAUUAAAAGGAUUAUCUAUUAUUGAACUUGGUAUGGGAUUAAGUUUAUUUAUUCAUGCAUUAAUAUUUUCACAAAAUUCCACAUCAUCUCAUUCUAAUCAAAAUUUAUUCAAUAUAAAUAAUACAAUUAAUAAUAUAUAUCCUAAUUAUGAUAUACAUAUAAAUCAUUUAAAUCAAUUUCAACAAGAUUCUAUUCAUACAAAUGCUUAUAUUAAAACAAUAUGCUCAUUUUUUAUUACAACUAUAUCUAGUAGAUUUUUAGUAGCAUUUCAAAUAUCACGUAAUUGGUCUGUUGUAUUAUUGGCAGCAUAUCGUUAUGAUCAAAUAUGUCGACCUAUUGGUACAUCUAGUGCAUUUUCACGUGAACGUAUACGUUAUAUAUUAAUCAUUAUAUUUUUUUUAGCUUGUUUAAUUGUUAUACCAAGAAUAUUUGAAAGUGGUAUAGUUGUAUGUUAUAUAUCAGGAAAUGUAUCUAAAGAUUAUCCUUUAUUAAUUAAUUAUAAAUUAUAUCAAAUUUUAUAUUUAGGUUUAGUUAUGUUUAUUGUACAAUCUGGUGGUCCGGUUAUAUGUGUAUGUGUAUUAAGUGCAUUUGUAAUAAGAAUUAUAGCAAAACGUCGAAAAUUUCAUCGAGAAAAAGAGCAACGUUCAGCUAGAAAUUUAUUAAGACGUCAAACAAUGGAAAUAGAAAAUAAUCAAUCAAAUUUAAAAAACAAUAUCAUUAUUGAUAAUAAUAAUCUUUUACAACGUAAUUCAAAUGGUUUGACAAAAGAAUUAACUGAAAGACCAGCUCCAUCAGGUGAUAAAUUAAUGUUUGCUGUUUGUAUAACAUUUUUUAUUUUAGAAACUCCAGCAUUUUUCAGUAAAAUAUUAAAUCCUUAUUUGGAACAAGAUUAUCCAUUAAUUGAUUUAACAUUAUCAGUUAUUGCAAAUUUAUUAAUUUAUUUAGAUUCUACAUUGAAUGCAUUCAUUUAUAUGGCAUCUAAUCCUUUAUUUCGUAAAAUUGCUCGAAAUGAAUGUAUACAAUAUCGUAAUCGUUUAAUUUGUUGUCAAACAUCAAAAUCUACUCAUCAACUAACUAGAAUAAGUCGUAUUUUAGACACUGAACAAAAUGCUAUCUCAAUAAACUCAUAAAAAUACAUCAUACAUCAAUAUAUUAUAUGAUGAUUUGAGUCAUGAUGAUAAUUGUAUAUGGAUACAUAUUGUACAAAUUUUGUUCUUGUAAUUCUUUAUGUCUUUUGUAUGUUCAAUUAUUUAUGAGUUCAGAGGUUUCUAUUACUAUGUGAAAAAUGCUUUAUGUUAUAAAGAUGAAUAUUAUUGUUUCUUUCAUUUAAAUAUGAAAGUAAACCUAUCAUCUAUAUGGGUUAUUAUUUCAACUUUUAUGUAUUUCAUAAAGAAGAAUUAUCAUUUAAGCUAUAUUUUUAACGGUUUGAAUUGUGUUCUACUAAUUGAAUCCUAAAACGAAUGAGUUUUAUAACUAACAAAUAACUUAGUAUAUCUUUCUACUGAGUUAAUAUUAGAAACACUAAAGAAUGUCUUUUAUUUCCAUAAAUACGUGUACAAUUGUUAAUUACAAUCACAGUAUAUAAAAACUCAAGAUUUGUUGUUGUUGAUUAUUUCGAUGUCAGGUAAACAUAAAGUUAAACAAUUCAAGAAUUCCUUAUACCUUUCCAUCUUCAUGAGCUGGGUACCAAAUAAAUAGCGUAAAUUGUGCUUUUUUGAGGUGUGAACAUGUAUAGAAGCGGUUUCAUUGUUAAAAAAUUGUCUUAACCGCUAUUUAAGUUUAUCAUUUACAGCAGUAUAAGUC